ACUAUCGCUGAGGGAUCAGAGGAGAUUUUCGACACGUGUUGCUCUCCAUGUUUGGAAUCUGGAAGGACAAAAGAAGCGGAUAAAUUCUGUAUUGAGUGUGGAUCAUAUUUCUGUGCUAAAUGUUUGCUAUAUCAUAACAAAUUCCCGGCGUUAAGAUCACACCAGAUUUUAGACAAGUCGGACAAAACAAACGAAAUGAAAACUACGAAACUGAGACGAGCCUGCCGACAGAGCGAUGUUCAAUGCACCAUGGGAAGUUGGUUGACAUGUUCUGUAAAGAACAUGACGAAGUCUGCUGUGCAGUUUGCAUUGCCAUAAAACACAGGGCAUGUGUAAAUGUGAACUAUCUGUCCAACAUUUCAAAGGGUAUACGAGACAGUACGGAGUACAAGGACAUCAAAAAUUCACUUCAAAAUAUUCUAACCAAACUGAAACAGCAAAGAGAAGCAAGAAAAUGUAAACUGAAUGAUCUUGAGAAGCAAAAGGAAAAGUUAUUAGAAGACGUAGACAGCUUCAAAGAAGAACUUGACAAGAGGAUAAAAGAGCUUGCCGACACAUCAAAGAAGCAAAUAUUUUUGAAGUAUGAAGAUUGUAAGAAAGUCGUGCAGUCAGAUUUAGAUAAUCUAGAUACUGUUAUUUCGACAAUGACAACGAGUGAACUGAAAUUGUCCAUUAAAAAUGAAGCCCAGUUGUUUGUAGAUAUUAAAACAUGCAACGUUUCAAUAAAGGAUUGUGAAGCACUUUUGAGUGACAUGUCAAGAGUUAGGACAAAUGAAGAACUGAUGUUUACGUUGAAUAAAUGCCUGAAGGAAAAUCUUGAUUCGCUAGGAAGCGUAGUUGAUCCUGAGGAAGCCGAAACAUACGACAAAGCUACGUUGUAUGGAAAAUUCAAGAUUGAUCCACAGCACUGUCAAAUAACAGGUAUAUGUACCAUGGAUGAUGGGACGAUCGUGAUUGCCGAUUGGACACAUUCAAAGCUGAAGAGGCUGAACGGAAGCUUCACGGUCGAAGAUCACAUUAAUGUUGAAUCGUAUCCGUAUUCAGUAUGCAGAACAGGUACAGACGAAGUUGCAACAUUUCUAAAUGGUAGGACAAAAAUACAAUUUGUGUCUUUGGGACAAAGAAUGGAACUGAAAACAGCAUUUAAUAUCGACAGUUCUGCAGUCGGGGUUUCCUAUGAUGUUUCAUAA